GUCAAUAUCAAUAAUCAGGAGCUUUGGGAGGAAAUGCUCAGUUCCAAAGGAUUAACAGUGGUCGACGUCUACCAAAGCUGGUGUGGACCUUGCAAACCUGUGGUCAGUCUUUUCAGGAAAAUAAAACUUGAAGUUGGAAAUGACCUUCAUUUUGCCACGGCAGAAGCAGACUGCCUUGAUAUUUUGGAAAAAUACCGAGGAAAGUGUGAACCUACCUUUCUUUUUUAUGCAGGUGGAGAAUUAGUGGCUGUGGUAAGAGGAGCAAAUGGACCGUUACUGCACAAAACUAUUCUAGAUCAGCUGGAGGCAGAGAAUAAGGUUUUGGAACAAGGCAUUGAACGGAAAGUGAUUAAAGAUGCAGCUCUCUCCAUUGAAGAAGAAAGUGUUUCCCAAGACCAGGAAUAUGGAGAGGAAGAUGAAGUAGUGUCACUUGAAAAAUCCUGCACCCUGGCAAUUAUUAAACCAGAUGCUGUGGCACAUGGGAAGGUGGAUGAGAUCAUCCUGAAGAUCCAGGAAGCUGGGUUUGAGAUUUUAACUAAUGAAGAAAGAAUCAUGACAGAGUCUGAAGUGAGAUAUCUCUAUCAAAAGAGAUCUGAAGAGGAAAUCUUUGAAAAGCUAGUUCAGCACAUGUCAAAUGGACUGUGCCGGCUACUCAUAAUCUCAUGGCCUGAAAAUGAUAAAGAUGUAGUUGCUGUCUGGAGAGACUUCAUUGGUCCAAGUGAUAUUGAAGCUGCAAAGAGAGAAAAUCCUGAAAGUCUCCGGGCUCAGUAUGGCACAAUAAUGCCAUUUAAUGCUGUGCAUGGCAGUGAGAACAGAGAACAAGCCAACAGAGAGCUUGAAUUUUUUUUCCCAAAUUUUAAAAUUUCAGGAAAUGAUGCUGACAAAGUCCCAAGGGAAGAAAUUCUACAGUGA